GUCGGCCCCGCCCAAAAUUUGGAUUCAGCUAGGAGGAGCCGAGGAGGUAUGCGACAGUAAAGGCAUCCAUGCCAAAGCCAAGGUGCCGACCUAUUUGACGGGGUCUUGAAGAAGUUCUUGUGCCAUUGGCAACCGGAGAAACCUUACUACUCCUAGUACUUAGUCUCGGCGAUUAAAUGCGCUGACCACUCUCUAAUUGAUCCCCCCAACCAAGGCCAGUUUUUAGGAAGAAGGACAAAGGCGCAAUAUGUUCUACAACAGAUACGUACCGCCACCAAAGGCAGGCGCGGCUAAAGUCGAGCCACCCGCUCCCGCCUCGCCGGCACCAGCUUCCGCCGUUCAGUCUUCCGCCAUAAGUCAACCUCGGAAAAUUGUCUUUGAUGACCAUGACCAGGUUCCAAAGACUACUACUUCUACAAAAACUGUCAAGUCGACAGAGGCAGAGACCAGGGAAAAUGAGGACGAGCCGAGGAGGAAGAGGGCAAAGAUAGAGUCUCCAUCGCCUGAAGACAUCCGGCAAAAAAAGAAGUCCAGAAAGUCAAAAUUUGCCCAUGAUGGGCCGGAUCCAGUAGUUUCGAAGUUGGACGACGCCGAAAAAAAGGGAUCUCAAAGUGCAGCGGAAACAGAAGCCGCUGCCACACCUCUCAAAUCGGCGUUGAAGACACCAAAAUCUAAUAAUGGUCUUGAUGAAAGCGGACAACUUCCCACCAACAUUGACUUGGCCGUCGAGCUCGCUUCAGCAACCCCAGACGAUAAGAGGAAAAAGAAGAAGAGGUUCAAGGGAGAUGUUGAGAUGAAGGAUGUUGAUGAAGAGCGUGUAAUGGAUCAACCGCCUGAUGAAGUUGCAGCCGCGACGAGGCACAAGUCCAUUCUCAAGAAGAAGGAUACAUCUUUAAGGAAAGCAGCAAAAUUACCCACAGAUGCCCAGGGUGGUGGCAAACCUGCCACCGAAGACCUUCCGACCCAACCUCUUGAACAACUGCAACUAGACCAAGAAGCAGCCGAGGUUCAUGGCCUCAAGCCUCUUCCCCAGCCAGUUCCUGCAGUGGCUAGUCAAGUUGAGUUGACUUAUGACACGCUACCGCUGUGGCUGCAAAGUCCCUUAUACGUCUCGUCGGGGACCCAAGCCGAAUGGGCGAGUCUGGGUCUGAGGCCAGAACUGGGCAUCUCCCCAGAGAUUGCCAGCCAACUAGCUUUGAAGGGAUACCCGGGUGCUUUUGCAGUCCAGACGGCAGCAAUUCCCAGGCUACUACCAAGACCGGACAGGCAGGGCGAUCUUGUGAUUUCUGCAGCUACAGGGUCAGGCAAGACAUUGGCUUAUGUUCUUCCCAUGAUACGAGACAUCAGCUUGGGUGCAGUUACAAAGCUCAGGGCUCUGAUUGUCGUCCCGACGCGUGAACUGGUGCAGCAGGUCCACGAAGUCUGCAACAUUUGCGCCGCUGCCUAUGCCCGCCAGCCCAAUCGAAAGACUGUCAGGAUUGGCACCGCUGUUGGAAACCAAGCCUUCAAGAAAGAGCAAGAGAAACUGAUGGAUAAAGACCGACGGUAUGAUCCCGAGGGUUAUGCACGUCUGGUUCAAUCGCGCCAGUGGGAGAACGUCAGGAAACAGGAUAUUGAUGACCCAUCAUUUGAUAUGUUCGAAUUGGCAGAGACGCCUUUGCCGCUUGUCAACCAUGUCGAUCAUCUCGUCUCCAAGGUUGACAUACUUAUCUGCACUCCCGGCAGGCUGGUAGAACAUAUUGAACGCACCCCUGGGUUCAAUCUUGAUUAUGUACGCUGGCUGGUAGUUGACGAGGCAGACAAGUUGCUGGAGCAGAGCUACCAGCAAUGGCUCGAUGUCGUCAUGGAGAAAUUGUCAACAAAUAAGCCGGGCUGUCGAGACUUUAUGUUCCAGAACAAGUCGGGUGUCCGCAAGGUCAUUCUCAGUGCUACAAUGACACGUAAUGUCAGCCUGCUCAACAAGCUGAACCUGCGGCGGCCUGAGAUGAUUGUUCUCGAGAGUGUUACUGCUGUACCAACAUCAGCCUCUGGACCUACAACGGAUAUCGCCGGCGUCUCUGCAGAGGCAUCGUCUUACGAGCUUGCGCUCCCUAGUCAGCUUCUCGAAUUCGCGAUCAAGGUUCGAGACCCUGAACAGAAACCCAUGUAUUUGGUUGAUCUGUUGAGCAGCGAUCACGUUCGGUCAAGGUCACCUACCAAACAAGUCGUGAACGAUAAUGGAUCCGACACUUCGUCUUCAGACGAUUCUGAUACGUCAUCAGAUGCAACCUCCGACUCUGAAUCUGACAGCGAUUCCGACUCUGAAGCUGAGUCUGGAAAACGAAGCGCCUCCAAGCCUCCUGUCGAAGACUCCGCCAUAGAUAGUGUUUUGAUCUUCACAAAGUCUAACGAAUCAGCUUUGCGGUUAUCACGCCUUCUGGAGAUAAUUGCACCCCGUCAAGUGGCGUCUUGCAUCGGCACGCUAACGUCGACUACGCGCACCUCGGAGAGGAAGAAGGUGAUCAACCAGUACAAGUCUGGCAAGCUGCGAAUACUUGUAGCUUCUGACCUCGUUGCUCGUGGUCUGGAUCUUCCCAAUCUCGACCACGUAGUCAACUACGACAUGCCACCGAGCGUCAGGACAUAUGUUCACCGCGUGGGCCGUACCGCUCGUGCUGGUAGGGCCGGUCGUGCGUGGACAUUCUUCACCAAGACCGAGGCCGGUUGGUUCUUUGCAGAGAUUGCCUCUUCCAAGAGCAAACCAGGCGUCCCGGCGGCUGGCAGAUAUGAGGAUCACGUAGGCAUUCACAGAUCAAACAAGGUGGAGACGGUCAAGGUCUCCGGGAGAAGGACAGGGGAAGAUUUGAAGAAGGGACCACCGGGAGACUUUGGUGAGGCCAGGAUAGCCGAGUACGAGCAGGCCCUCGAGGCCCUCGGGAAAGAGGCUCGGGGACAGUAGUAGAUAUGCUGAGGCAAAUACUGAUUCACUCGCAUGGCACCUUCCAAUACUGUAAAAUGAAUCAUGGUACCACUAGCUGCAUUCAGUGACAAGGAACUACUACAUAACAAGUAUAAGACACGCUGGCGAUUAUUAUGACCUAGGCUAUAUGUGCGCUUCCAAGCGAGC